GCCCCUCGGCGGCCCCCCUGGGCGCCAGGGCGCACGCGCCGGACUGGAGCUGGCGCGGCCGUCCCCUCCCCCACCCGGGCCGCCGGAGGGGAACCGGCAGCCGCGGCUGCUCGGGCCGGCGGGGUCGGUCGUCGUCAUGGAGUACCCGUGGAACGAACUGACCCUGGCCUUCUCCCGCACGUCCAUGUUCCCCUUUUUUGACAUCGCCCACUACCUCGUAUCGGUGAUGGCGCUGAAGCAGCGGCCAGGAGCAGUGGCCACGGCAUGGAAUAACCCCCUGUCGAGCUGGUUGAGUGCUAUGCUGCAUUGCUUCGGUGGGGGGAUUUUAGCCUCUAUUCUGCUGGCAGAGCCUCCACUCAAGUUUCUUACAAACCACACUAAUAUUUUACUGGCGUCUUCAAUCUGGUAUAUUGUAUUUUUUUGUCCACGUGACCUAGUUUCCCAUGGCUAUUCACAUCUACCUAUUCAACUCCUGGCUGCGGGAAUGAAGGAAGUGACCAGAACUUGGAAAAUUGUAGGUGGAAUCACACAAGCUAAUAGCUAUUACAAAAAUAGCUGGAUAGUCAUGAUAGCUGUUGGAUGGGCCCGAGGUGCAGGUGGUGCUAUUGUUGUAGCUUGUGAACAGUUGUUGAAAGGAGAUUGGAAACCAGAAGGUGAUGAAUGGCUGAAGAUGUCCUUCCCUUCCAAGGUGACUCUGCUAGGGUCAAUUGUCUUCACUUUCCAGCACACCAAACACCUGGGAAUAUCAAAGCAUGACCUCAUAUUUCUGUACACCAUCUUCCUCGUGACCAUAAAGGUAACCAUGAUGAUGACAGCAGAUUCUGCUGUGACCCUCGCUCCCUUUGAGGAUACCUUGACUCGGAUGCUGUUUGGCCGGCAGCAGCAGUUUUCACUGAACGAAAAGAAAACUGAACCGAAAACGUCUUCUAAUGGUUCUGCCUCAUCCGUGUCCAAGCCGGCCACGGAGGCUCCGGGUGCUGCUAAGAGACACGCCAAGAAAGAAGACUGAGGACUUUACCCGGACUUAGGAGGAAAGGAGAGAGUUACUUAUCUGUUAGAGUGUGUCCGCAUUUCUGUGUGAAUGAUGUAAAAUAAGGAUGGAGGGGCAAAUAGGAAGAGCUGCUUUGUUUCAAGGAAGGACACUGCUCUGUUAAUUGUAACUCUUGGGGUACGAGUGUAUCAUGUGAAUUUAUUUUUCUGCUGUAAGAGAUUCUCAUAAUUAUUUGAAUAGUUUUAUAUUGAGAAAAGAAAAAAUUUUUAAAUGUUAGAAAAAGUUCACUUGUUACUGCAAAAUUCUAAGGAUUUAACAAAAAAUUCAGUAUUUUUUUUUACCUUUGAAUGACUCUAAUUGUGUUUUAAUUCUGCAGAAUUAAACUUUGACUUCAUAUUUCCAGUAUAAUUCUUGUACAUAGAAGAAAAUUCCUAUUUGAUUUUGAACACAGAGAACUUUUCCUAAAUACUUUUAAACCGAUAGUGUAUAUUUGGUGUAUAAAUUUGUUUUAUAUAUCUUACACACAUUAAAAAUACCUGAAAUUUAAUUUAUUUAGUUUCAAGUAUUAUUUUUCAUUGAGGCCACAAUGUUAUUAUGGAUCUCAGUUUGAAGUUUGUUUCAUGUCCUUGUUUUAAAAAAAUACUUUUUCCUAAGAAAAGCAGGAUUACAAUUUGUGUGUGUGUGUGUGUGUGUGUUUUGACAACAACAGCCUCACUUUGUAGCCCUGGCUGGCCUCAGACUUCCUGCCUCAGACUUCCUACCUCGGCCUCCCAAGUGCUGGGAUUAUGGGCACAGGCCGCCAUGCCAGGCGAGGGUGCAGUUUUCAUUGUUUGGAACCUGGCUUUUUUCGUCUCUGUGCAUACCUAUUUCAACAGUGGAGAGAUUCUUCACACAUCCUAUGUUCCUCCUGACUAAUUGGUCAGAAGGUGCUGCUGGCAUGCCUCAGUGGUUCAGAAAGUACGGUUAUGGCUGAAAAUGUCUCCUGUACCUCUUUUCCAGUGACCACAGCCUUGGCGUUUGACUGUCCCUUGUGAGUUUGCAUGUGGGUAUCUUUGCGUAAUAGACACAUACAUGUAUUUCUAGUUUUAUCUGAAAUGAAAACCUCUUUCAUGUGAAAAGCUCUUGUGAGAACCGUCUUUGUACAUUUAAUGUGACCCACAGAACAUAACCUCACAUGGUAGAAUACUUGAACGAAAUAAUGCAUUAAAUCUGGUUUCGCAUUGACAAAAAGCAAACAAGAAAAUGCACUUAAUGAUAGAUUUUAUUUCCUUUAUUUGGUGUAUGAACGUCCCGUCAAUAAUAUUAGUGAGUCUGCAUUUCUGGUUGGUUAAGAAGCACUGAAAUAGCAUGCAGUAUGUAAAGUUUUUCUGUGUUUUUUUUAAGACAGGGUUUUUCUGUGUAACAGCCCUGAAAUUUUCCUUUUUAAUGUUUAACAAACACUCACACCAGCCAGUUCUAUACUUCCACUUGCUUAAGAAGAUUUUGAGUGGGGCAUGUUUGAUAACCGUGGUAUGAGAAAAUGCCUAUUUUUGAUAUUGUGACAAAAAACAUUAAACUGCAUUCUCUAUUUUAUACUUGAUAAGUAGUUAAAAACUCUGCAAAAUUAACAUGUUAUUUUGAAGUUUGGAUUUAACUGUAGUUAAAAUGGCAAGUCUUGUUUUACAUUUGUGUUAAAAAACAAGUUCAUUAAAAUAAGUACUUUAGCACUCAAA